AUGGAGUUUGAGGGCAGCAGAAGGAGGGGAGUUCCCAACGAUGACAGAGACGUAGAAAGGUACCCACGGGAGAGACACCUUUCGCCUAGGGCACGCAGAAGUAGGUCCCCCUCACAUAGAGGGAGACGAAACUCGGUAGAGAAUCACGCAGGUGGGGACAGGUACCAUAUGGAUGGAAGAGGACGCAGAGAGAGGAGCUCAGGCAGCAACGACCCCUCUCGAGAGUCAUAUGCAAAAAGGAGUGAAGAAAAUUCAAUGGAUGAGGCAAGGUGGAGGGCCAGGAGAGGGGAGCGUGAUGACCGUGGUGAUCGUGAUGAACGAUUAGAACGAGGGGAAGGGCGCUCUCACCGUGGACGGAGCGACAGCCGGGAGAGGAGAGAACGACGAGAAAGACGAGAUCACAGAGACAGGAGAGACAGACGAGAUAGGGAUGGAAGGAAAAGGAGGUCCGGUAGACUGAACCCAAAUUUGUCCUCCUCCCAUGAGCGGUCCAGGUCAAGAGAGAGGCGAAGAAGGAGGUUACAAGCAGAAUGCAUUAAAAAAGCAGGAGGAUUUAAAAAGUUAGCUGACAUGGAAGGACACGAAACAACCAGCGUCUUUUGGGAUGGGUUCCAGUGGGUAGCCAAAACGAAUCACUCAUCUACUUCCCACUUAGAUCCUGCAGUUAUGAAUUCUACAAGAAAACUGAGAAGACUUUAUUUUGGUAAUUUACCUCUCCACCUAGGAUUAUCAGAAAACGAAUUCCAAGAAAGCAUCUGGGAUGAGAUGAAAAAGAGAAGGUUCUGUAAUGACGACAACGUCAAUCCUGUUCUUUACGUUUGGUUUGCCAAAGACAAGGGCAACUAUGGGUUCGUUGAGUUUUCCACUGUGGAAGAAACGGAGAGAGCUUUAACCAUGGAUGGUAUGCUCUGCAGGGGGGUUGCUCUUAAGGUUUCCAGACCGAACGAUUAUUCCUCCACCAACACGAUGAAGCAUAAUCAUCCGUCCCUUCUGCACAGCGUUGCCGCUGUUGGCGGGGUUGCUGCGGGAGUAGUGGGGGGAGUAGUUGGUGGAGUAGCUUCCGGAGUAGCUAGCGGAGUAGCCAGCAGCGGGGGUAACAUGUACGGCAGGCCGCCACCCCCACCAGGGGCCCCCCCUCCAUCCGUCCUCAGGGGAGGAGUCGACCCCGGGCAGGACAACCAAAGUAACCUCGAGACCAAGUACCUACGUGUUCUAGAAAUUGUCUCGGAAGAGUCAGUUAACAGUGAGGAUUAUUCAUCCCUAUUGGAGGACAUAAAAGAUGGGUUCCACUCCCAAGGAAUAAUAAUAAACGCUAUUUUAAUAACCCCAAAAUAUGCACAGAUGACUCCCUUCAGUGUGGGAGAUGUGUUAAUUGAGUUUGAGAACGCUGCCUCUGUGGACAGCAGUAUCGCAAAUAUGUCGAACCGUAAGUAUGAGGGGAGGAUCAUUCGAAUGGCAAAGUUGGAUGAAGCCACGUAUGACAUGCACGUCAAGCCCAUCAUCAGGGAUCUCUAUGAGCAGAAUGGGAUAUAG